CACUCCUCUCUAGUACUUGUACUAAGGUCAUAGUUAUGGCUUCAUUUUCUUCUUCUGCUAAGGUCAUUGUCACUUUGGCUUUCCUUGUGCUCUUCAUUGGCAGCUCCUCCGCUCAACUUUCGACUAAUUUUUACUCCCAGUCUUGUCCGAGGCUUUUCCCCACUGUGAAAUCUGCUGUGCAAUCCGCAAUAUCAAAAGAAGCACGGAUUGGCGCCUCUAUUCUGCGCUUAUUUUUUCACGAUUGUUUUGUUAAUGGUUGCGAUGGAUCACUCCUCCUCGACGACACAUCUUCUUUUACAGGAGAAAAGAGGGCAGGUCCAAAUGUCAAUUCUGCUCGAGGAUUUGAUGUGGUUGACAACAUAAAGUCUGCGGUAGAGAAUGUGUGCCCCGGUGUGGUCUCUUGUGCUGAUAUAUUGGCUAUUGCUACCAGAGAUUCUGUUGUUACUCUUGGAGGGCCUAGUUGGAAUGUAAAACUUGGAAGAAGAGAUGCCAGAACAGCAAGCCAGGCUGCUGCCAAUAGAAGCAUUCCGCCUCCAACUUCUAAUUUGAAUGCCCUCAUUUCUAGUUUCAGUGCCGUUGGCCUUUCCACCAGGGACAUGGUUGCCUUAUCUGGUUCUCACACAAUUGGACAAGCAAGGUGCACUAAUUUCAGAGCUCGCAUAUAUAACGAAACCAACUUGGACAGUUCAUUAGCUCAAACAAGGCAAGGCAACUGCCCAAGGAUCGCUGGCUCAGGUGACAACAAUUUGGCACCUCUAGACCUCCAAACUCCUACUACUUUCGAGAAUAACUAUUACAAGAACCUUGUCAACCAACGGGGACUACUUCACUCCGAUCAGCAACUCUUUAACGGUGGAUCGACCGAUUCACUUGUGAGGACAUACAGCAGCAAUCCAAGCACCUUCAAUUCUGAUUUUGUUGCGGCCAUGAUCAAGAUGGGAGAUAUUAAGCCUCUCACUGGAUCAAAUGGAGAAAUAAGGAAGAAUUGUAGGAGGAGGAAUUAAAAGGUCAUGUUUUUGCUUUCUACUGCAGGAAGCAAGUGUGUUUUAAUUUUAAAUGCUUUGUUUGCAAUUUUUUCCUUUUUUUUUUUUGGGAGGUGGCAUUGUCAUGACCAUGUCAAAGGAUUGCUCAUUGAAUAGGGCAAAUGUGUACUUGAUUAGAGUUGUAGAUUUUCCAAGUAAAUCUUAGUUAGAUUUUCUUGGAAAAUCCUAAAUAAAUACCCCUUUUUAUUCUAGAUAUAUGCCAGUUUAGGCUUUUUCUUUUUUCC